UACCAUUUAGUAUAUUAUAAUAUUCCAGUCUUAAUUAAAUAUAAGCACGAUGAAAAAAGCCGGACUGGUUGGCGUGCUACUGAUACCACAGGCAAAAUGGUUAUCGGGUUGCCAUCCUCACGUCCACCUCGUGAAGGAAGAAGAAAAGUGCAUGAGCGAUCUACAACGAUUCAAAUCGCUCAUCAUACAAGAAAACAAUAUGAGCGUACACUGUAAGGGGAUGUGGGAUGAUCUGAAUUGCUGGCCUCCUGCUUCCAUUGGGGAAACUGUCUCUCAAGCAUGUCCAGAGGUGUUCAAUGCAGAGGGAAGAGUGUACCGCAACUGUACAGCCAGUGGUUGGACGGACCUUCUCAUCCCACACGAAGAUGCGUGCGGCUACUCCUUCAACGACACGCUCCUCUUUCUCUCCGAGUCCCACGAUUCCUACUUGUACUUCUCUUACGUGAAGACGAUGUACACCACCGGAUACGCGCUCUCGCUCAUCUCGCUUGUCGUCGCCAUCACCAUUUUCUGUCUGUUUAGGAAGCUGCACUGUACCAGGAACCACAUUCACAUCCAGCUGUUCACCUCCUUCAUCCUGAAAGCCGUCUUCAUCUUCCUUCGGGACUCGCUGCUAUUUACAAAUGAGGAGCUCUACCACUGUGACUUUUACCCGGUAGCAUGCAAAGUGGCUCUUCUGCUGUCCAACUACUCCAUCCUGGCCAACUACAGCUGGCUGCUGGUGGAAGGUCACUUCCUCUUCACGCUGGUGAGACGCUCCCUCUUCUCCCUGAAGAAGCACCUGGUCUGGUACUUGGUCCUCAGCUGGGGCUCACCGCUGGUCGUCAUCGUGUCCUGGGCCUGUGCCAAGUAUUUCUACGAGGACGAAGGCUGUUGGGAAACAAGGAGACGCGAGUGGAUUUGGUGGAUACUUCGAGUGCCAGUUCUGCUCACCAUUUUUAUGAAUCUUCUCUUUUUCUUGGGCAUUCUGAGGAUCCUGGCAAGCAAACUGAGGAUGCCUGAUAAACGGAGGAAUGAAUUCAGUCGCUAUAAGAAGUUGAUCAAAUCCACAUUUUUCCUGGUGGUCCUGUUUGGCCUGCAGUACGUCCUCUUUGUUUUCCUGCCUGUGGAAGUCAGCAGCUUGAUGUUUAAGAUCUGGACCUUUGUGGAGCUGGCCCUGUCAUCAGUGCAGGGUUUUGUUGUGGCGCUCCUCUACGCGUUCAUGAACGGAGAGGUCCAGCAGGAGAUCCGCAGGCGGUGGAGGAGGUGGAGGCUCACCCGGCACCUGCCCAGGAGGCGGCGGCAGCAUCAGGGCUCCAUCAGCCAGAGUGGAUCGCCUCACACUCAGAUGACCCUGCUGCCGUUUUCCACAGGUCACAUGACCGCCGGCGCAUCCCCGGAGAACACGGCGGCGCACGCUGAUGCGUUCUAG